AUGGCUAAAGAGAAGGUUACUAAGAAAUCACCUAAGAAGAUGUCUCCCUACAAUCAGUUCGUGAAGGCUGAACUCGCCAAGAUUAAAGAAUCCAAUCCUAGUAUCUCUCACAAGGAUGCCUUCAAAUUAGCUGCUAAAAACUGGGCUGAUUCUCCUGAAAACCCCAAGAACAAGAAGGUAGAAAAUAAGGAAGAGAAUAAAGAAGAGAAUAAAGAAGAGAACAAGGAAGAGAACAAGGAAGAGAAGAAGGAAGAAAACAAGGAAGAAAAGCCUGCUGAAUCUACUGCUGCCUAA